GUGCGAAUCCUUCUAGAGGCGGGCGCGGACCCGAAUACACGGAUCAUAAUUAACGGCCGCCAGGAACUGUUCAUAUUCCCUCUGCACCUCGCGAUCUCGAAAAAGUCUGAUAAGAUGGUAAAGCUUCUCAUCGAGCACGGCGCUGGCCUUGAACUGAGGCAGGCUGAUGGCGCCACAGGCUUGCUCAAUGCUAUACGUCUCAACGAGGGCAAGAUCGCGCUCACGCUGCUUCGUGCGGGCGCGCCCUUUUCGAGUAUGCCCGGUAUACAACAGGCUUGGUCCUGUCCCGCUCUGCAGUGGGCUAUCAAGGAUUCACAGCCUCGAGCGGUGCAAAUGCUGAUCGAGGAGGGCGCUGACCUCGAAUUGAAGGACUCUGAUGGCCUUACCGCCUUACAGGUUGCCAUGUGGAGGAACGAGCGCAAGGUCGUGCUCACGCUGCUCCGUGCCGGCGCU